CGACCGAAGAGGGUCAGUAACCAACCGGUCGCACCCCACAUAGCUUCGAGCACUAUAAAUGGCGCCUGAAACAUGUUUGCUGGAGGGGGGACAUUGCCUCAAUUUAUAGAUCGGUCAUAUAAAUAACCUUCAAUAUCCUGACAGCUAGCAUCCCACUCUACCCCCUCACAUCAUCUUGAACAUACACAAUGUGCCGCUGGUUCGCCUACAUUAGCAACACAGAGCCUUGCUUGCUGGAAGACAUCCUCAUACGUCCCCAGCACGCUCUCACAAAGCAGGUGAACGAUCACUACCUCCCUCACCUCUUCCACCACAUGCCCGGCGAAACGCAAAAACAAGAGCAAGCCGAGAUCAAGCUCCGCAACAUCCUCCACAACACCGAUGGUACUGGUGUUGGCUUCUACUCCUGGGUCAGGGACGAAUACGGCGAAGCUGAAGGCGCGAGACCAAUGAUAUACAAGACGAUCCAACCUCCUGGGAACGACGCGAACUUCCAGUCUCUUUGCGCGAACACCUCUGCGCUCUGCGUCCUCGCCCAUAUCAGGAUGGCGACGAGCGCGGUACACAUGUACAACAACCACCCUUUUGCGUUCGGGCGCCAUCUUUUCAUGCAUAACGGCACAGUUGCAAAUUUCACCGAUAUACGUCGGGAGAUGACUGCUCUCAUGAGCCCCAAGGCGCACGCCGCAGUGCAGGGAAGUACGGACAGCGAGCAUGUCGCUGCGCUGUACAUGACCUACCUGGGCGAGGACUGGGAGCGCAAGUACCCUCUGCAGGAGAUGAAACGCGCGCUGGAUCGGGCGAUCGGCACUGUCCUCCUCCUGCAGAAACAGCUCGGCCCUGAGAAGGCGCAAGCAAAUUCGCUCAACCUGUGCACGACGGAUGGGGACCAGCUCGUCGCUGUCCGCUUCAGGAACCACGAGGUCGAGCAGCCUCCCAGUCUGUACUACUCCACCCAAGCCGGCGCAACCUUGAACCGAAAAUACCCUGAUCAUCCGAACGGCGAAGCAGCGCUCUUGAAUGCCGAUGUCGAGAACGGGAUCCCUGCGGGGAGGAAGACGGAAGAGCAUGGGAAGCAUGUGAUCGUCGCUAGCGAGCCGACCACGUAUAGGCAGCAGGACUGGAAAUUAAUCGGCAAGAAUAUGGCGGUGAUGGUGGAUGAGGAUAUGAACGUUACGGUCGAGCCGGUGGUGCUGUAAUUUGAGCUAUGACUGGUGUGAUCUGGAUUGAAAUUUG